UGCCCGCUGCUGCUGACACGACAGAAAACAUGGCGCUCGAGGAACCAAAUGGAGAUUUUCCAUAUUUACCUUCAGGGGCGGCGGAGGUAAACAAAAUGAUAAAGGAGAAUGGUGACCUGUUUUCUGAUGCCCUGUGCAAAGUCUGCAGUGCUGUCCUGAAUUCUGACUCCCAGAAACUUGCACAUUACCAGAGCAAAAAGCAUGCCAACAAAGUGAGACGCUACAUGAGCAUCCACAAAGAAGAGGAGCCCACCAUCAAAAGGUUCAAGUCGCCUUCGGGAGACAGUGCCAGCAGUAAUGGCGAGACGGACCGCUCCAAAGCCUGUCAUAUAUGUAACAUGACAUUCUCCUCUCCGGUGGUGGCUGAGUCCCACUACCAGGGCAAGGUGCACACCAAGAACCUGAGACUGAAGACCUUUGGCAACCAGCCCCCAGUAGCACUACCUCAGGCCGUGGCCCCAGUAGUGAAAAAGAAGAAGAAGAAGAAGGAGGCUCAGUCAGAAGAGGCUAGCAACGUGGCAUCGUCAGGCCCAGCCGAGGACGACCAGGGCAACUUCUGUUCCAUCUGCCAUGCCUCGUUCAACAACCCCCUCAUGGCCAAGCAGCACUAUGAAGGCAAGAAGCAUAAAAAACAGCUGACCCAGCAGAAGCUUAUGGAGACCUAUGGGCCAUCCACUGCACCAGCUUCCACAGUAAAGGGCUACCCAUGUACUGAAUGCAACAUCGAACUGAACUCUGUGGAACAGUAUCAGGCACACAUCAGCGGCUCCAAACAUAAGAACCAUGUCAGAGGGAAGAAAGCGAGCAGCCCGAUGUUCAUCAGCCCAUCGGAAAACAAGUACACAGCAGAAAACCAGCAGUCAGAGUACCAGUAUACGCCUGAAGCCAAACCAGUACAGGAGGACUGGGGUGCUUUCAGCCAAGAUUACGAGUGACGAGCCUCCCAGUACCCCCCAUCAACACCACAGUUCCCUCAGUUAGGGCCAGAAGGAUCACCUGACCAGGAAAAACUCUAGGUCCUUGUUACAAUACAGGUUACAACUAGGAUCAAGUUCUUUUUCCUGUUCAUGUCAGGAAAAAUCCCUGGACAGAGGGCAGCCUAUAUGUGGUGUUCUUCUUUCUGUGGUGUUGUAUCUGCCUCAUGGAUGAAUCUCAACUCCAGCUCUAUAUCAUUCUGUCUACUCCAUGUCUAAAUCCCAGUACAUGUUCACUACCGGUCAAAAGUUUUAGAACACCUACUCAUUCAAGGGUUUUUCUUUAUUUUUACU